UGCAUGAUAUUUACCUUACUUUGAAGCACAAAGCAUUAGUUCCAAUUCAUUGCCUUCUCUAGUAACACAUAACACAUUUUUCUUGUGAUUUCUCAUCACCUUUUGUUAUAAUUCAUCAGAUUUCUCAUCACCAUGUCAAUGUCCUUUCUCACAAACUUGAACCGUGUUGAGACACUGCUCAAUUCAUCAAACACCUUGAGUGCACCAAAUAAAAGAUGGCACACUGCUUUUGUUACCAUCUAUUGUUCCCGUGCUCUUGUUUCACACUUCAAUCUCAAGAAAAACAAACCAAAAAUCUCACAUUCCUCAUCUUUCACCGUGCUAGAUUUGGAUGGUCCACCACAAAAUCACAACCAUUCCUUUGCCAUUGAUCAAGCAACUCUUAGUGACAUUGUGAAGGAGAAAAACUUGCACAACCUUCAAAAACAUGGUGGGGUUGAUGGGGUUGCUUCAGCUCUUGAAUCAAACAUUGAGAGUGGUAUCAAUGGUGAUGAUGAAGGGGUUGCAAUUGCACGUAGAAAACAAGUGUUUGGUUCCAACACUUACAAGAAACCACCUUCCAAAAAUUUCUUACAUUUUAUAGUGGAAGCAUUUAAGGAUGUUACCAUUCUUAUUCUCUUGGUUUGUGCUGCUCUCUCUCUUGGUUUUGGAAUCAAGGAGCAUGGUGCAAAAGAAGGUUGGUAUGAUGGAGGAAGCAUUUUCCUUGCUGUGUUCAUUGUCAUUGCAUUGUCUUCUGUUAGCAACUUCAGGCAGAGCAGGCAAUUUGACAAAUUGUCUCAGGUGAGCAGUGAUAUUCAGAUUGACGUGGUGAGAAAUGAGCGCAGAGAGAAGAUCUCAAUCUUUGAGAUUGUGGUUGGUGAUGUUGUUUGCUUGAAGAUUGGUGAUCAAGUUCCAGCUGAUGGGGUUUUCAUAGAUGGGCAUUCACUGAGAGUUGAUGAGUCAAGCAUGACUGGGGAGAGUGAUCAUGUGGAGAUUGAUGGAAACCACCCUUUCUUGUUGUCUGGAACAAAAAUUGCUGAUGGGUAUGGUAAGAUGCUUGUUACCUCAGUUGGAAUGAAUACUACAUGGGGUCAAAUGAUGAGUUCGAUUAGUCGCGAUGUCGACGAGCAAACCCCUUUGCAGGAGAGGCUGAACAAGCUCACAUCAUCUAUUGGGAAGGUUGGUUUGGCUGUGGCUUUCUUAGUUCUUGUUGUUUUAUUGGUUCGUUACUUCACAGGGAACACGGAGGAUGAGAAUGGGGUUAGAGAGUAUAAUGGAGGAGGAAGGAAGAGUAGUUUUGAUGAUAUAAUGAAUGCAGUUGUGAGGAUUGUUUCUGAUGCAGUCACCAUUGUUGUGGUUGCAAUCCCUGAGGGUCUUCCACUUGCUGUGACACUGACAUUGGCUUAUUCAAUGAAGAAAAUGAUGGCUGAUCAAGCAAUGGUGAGGAAGCUCUCUGCUUGUGAGACAAUGGGGUCUGCUACCACUAUUUGCACUGACAAAACAGGCACACUCACCCUCAACCAGAUGAAGGUGACCAAGUUUUGGCUUGGCCUAGAGCCAAUUGAAGAGGGUGGUUUUACAACAGUUGCUCCAUUUGUUCUUCAACUGAUCCAAGAAGGUGUGGCUCUCAACACAACUGGUGGGGUGCACAAGUCUAAAUCAGGUUCUGAGUUUGAGUUUUCAGGUAGUCCCACUGAGAAAGCAAUUUUAUCAUGGGCUGUGUUUGAAUUGAACAUGGAGAUGGAGUACUUGGUUAAAAGCUGUUCUGUCAUUCAUGUCGAGACCUUCAACUCAAAGAAGAAAAGAAGUGGGGUCUUGUUGAGGAGGAAUAAUGCAAACAACAACAACACAGUUGAUGCACAUUGGAAAGGAGCAGCUGAGAUGGUACUCAAAAUGUGCUCAAGAUACCAUGAUGCUUCCGGCAUUGUGAAAGAUCUUGACAAUGAGAGUCGACUGAAAUUUGAGCAAAUUAUCCAAGCUAUGGCAGCUAGUAGUCUUCGUUGUAUCGCUUUUGCACACUCAGAGGUUGCAGAAGAAGAGAUUAGAGAUGAAGAAGGCGUCACAAGGGUGAAAGAAAAUGGUCUAACCCUGUUAGGACUUGUUGGUAUUAAAGAUCCAUGUCGUCCCGGGGUGAAGGAAGCUGUGGAGGCUUGCCAACAUGCUGGUGUGAAUGUGAAAAUGAUCACAGGUGACAAUGUUUUCACAGCAAAAGCUAUAGCCACGGAAUGUGGAAUACUUCAUCCUAAUCAGGACACAGAUGGAGCAAUUGUUGAAGGGGAAGAAUUUCGCAACUACACACAUGAAGAGAGAUUGGAAAAAGUGGAGAAAAUAUGUGUCAUGGCAAGAUCCUCUCCCUUUGAUAAGCUUCUAAUGGUUCAAUACCUUAAACAGAAAGGCCAUGUGGUUGCUGUCACUGGGGAUGGAACAAAUGAUGCACCAGCCCUCAAGGAAGCUGAUAUUGGACUUUCUAUGGGGAUCCAAGGCACUGAAGUUGCCAAAGAGAGCUCAGAUAUUGUCAUAUUGGAUGACAAUUUUGCUACUGUGGUCACAGUCUUGAGGUGGGGGAGAUGUGUCUAUAACAACAUCCAGAAGUUUAUUCAAUUUCAGUUGACAGUGAAUGCUGCUGCACUUGUGAUCAAUUUUGUGGCAGCAGUGUCAGCAGGGGAAGUGCCACUUACUGCAGUGCAAUUGUUAUGGGUGAACUUGAUCAUGGACACACUGGGUGCUUUGGCUCUUGCGACAGAGAAACCUACGAAGGAGUUAAUGGAGAAAUCACCAGUUGGUAGAACAAAACCUCUCAUCACUAACAUCAUGUGGAGGAAUCUUGCAGCUCAAGCUUUGUACCAGAUAGUUAUUCUGCUGACUCUUCAGUUUAAAGGUGAGUCUAUCUUUGGUGUGACAUCAGGGGUGAAUGACACAUUGAUCUUCAACACAUUUGUUCUGUGCCAAGUGUUCAAUGAGUUCAAUGCAAGGAAGAUGGAGGAGAAGAAUGUUUUCAAAGGCAUACUCAGGAGUAAGCUGUUUUUGGGGAUUGUUGGUUUCACAAUAAUCCUUCAGGUGGUGAUGGUUGAGUUUCUCAAGAAGUUUGCAGAUACUGAGAGGCUGAAUUGGGGGCAAUGGGGUCUUUGCAUUGGUCUUGCUGCAGUUUCAUGGCCAAUUGGUUGGCUUGUGAAGUUGAUACCUGUUCCUGAUGAACCAUUUCUCAAUAUUUUCAGAAUUAGGAAGAAAAAAUGAAGACUGAGCCAUGUGGGGUACUCAAUCUAUUGAUCUUGGUUGACUUGGAUCAUCAUGUAGAAGUUGGAUUAUUCUAUUUUAUUGUAAAUUUUUAAUCAUUUUUUUUAAUGUAUUAUAUAUUCUUUACUAAGAAAUAUACUCUUUGACUCAGUAUGUAA